AUGACGACCCCCGAAAAUGCAUUCCAGGACCUCGCUGGCGUCUUCUCUUCUCGAGACAACAAAGUGCUCGAGCUCGAGAUCAUUCCUUCCAGCUUAGAAUCUUCAUAUCUCCAGGAUGGAAACUCAAUCGGAAUCACCAAAAAGGCUCUGGUUCAAGCUUACACGGUCGCACGACAGCUUUUUAUCAAGCGUCUAAUGCCCAUGUCCGAACAUGACAUUCGAGUCGAGCUGUCGGAAAAGAAGACCGAUUCUGCAGCUUUGCCUGGAUCAGUCAUCACUGAAAUCAUGCUCCUGUUUGACUGUGAACAUCUCACGGCAUGUACUUGGCGGAAGCGCCGGCUGCUGGCAGCCGUGACGCGUUGCAUGAAAGACACGGAUCAGGCCUCGACGAUACAUUUGCUGGAAACGGAGUUGACGCUCAUGGCGUCUUAUCAAUGCUCGCCACUGCAUAGACAUACUAAAUCUCCGACGAUGUGGUCCCACCGACUAUGGGUGCUGGGUCAACUAUUGCGGAUUCAAUCAUUGAGUCGGGAAGCAUUGUUGAGACUCGAGCGAGCAGAACUCGAUAUUGUUCUUCGUGCUGGAGAACUACACCCGAAGAACUACUAUGCAUUCAAUUACAUGCGGCAACUGCAUCUUCUCCUUGCGAGCACAUCUACGGAUGUCAAAGACCGCUCACGCUGGACAGUUGAUCUGGCCGGGAUCUUGGUGAACCCGGUGCUGGACUGGUGUCUUGCUAAUCCACGAGAUAUAUCAGGUUGGGCAUUUGAGAAAUAUAUACUUGAGAAUUUCCCUGACCAGGACAUCCGAGCAGACACCAUUGGUCGAGCUCUUCGCUUUGCGCGGGAUGUCGGGUGGGAAGGGGAAAGCUUGUGGAGUUUUGUCGAUCAGGCCGUCCGCCACUUUGACCUCGAGACCGUGGUCGACAAUGUUCUGCGUCAGGAUACACAGAUCCCCGUAUCGGAGCUUCCCGCAGGUCAAUCUGGUUCGCCGAAAUGGCCCUGGAAGAGUCGAUUGGCCCGGGCGAGGGUUUAUUGGGAUUCUUACGGACAAAGCAAUGAUGUACAAUAG